AUGGAAGCCAAGGGAGCAAGACGGCAACACAGCUCUAUUAUAGUUCCAUCUGUUCAAGAGAUGGUGGAGGAGAAGAUGAUCACGACGGUUCCUCCCAGGUAUGUUCGGUCUGAUCUAGCCAAAGCUGAGAUGGCUGAUGACUCCGCUCUAGAAACCGAGAUCCCAGUCAUCGACAUGAAUCUUUUGUCUUCUUCAACCUCCAUGGAUUCUGAGAUUAAGAAGCUCGACUUUGCUUGCAAAGAAUGGGGAUUUUUCCAGCUUGUAAACCAUGGUUUGGACUCGGGCUUCUUAGAUAAAUUCAAGUCGGAGAUUCAAGAUUUGUUCAACCUUCCCAUGGAAGAGAAGAAGAGGCUUUGGCAACAGCCAGGAGAUAUAGAAGGGUUUGGACAGGCUUUUGUGGUUUCAGAAGAGCAAAAACUCGACUGGGCAGACACGUUCUUCCUCACAUUGCAACCUGAAACAUUACGCAAGCCUCACGUGUUCCCCAAGUUACCUCUCCCCCUAAGAGAUACACUAGAGACGUAUUCGGCUCAAGUGAGGAGAAUAACUAAGAUCUUAUUAGCGAAAAUGGCGACUGCUCUAAAGAUCAAUCCCGAGGAAAUGGAAAAGUUGUUUGAUGAUGAGUUAGUGCAAAGAUUGAGGAUGAAUUACUACCCGCCUUGUCCACAGCCCGACCAAGUAGUCGGUCUGACUCCGCAUUCCGAUUCUACGGGACUCACCAUCCUUUUGCAGGUUAAUGAAGUCGAAGGUCUCCAGAUCAAGAAAGAUGGCAACUGGGUUUCUGUCAAACCUCUCCCCAAUGCUUUCGUUGUCAAUGUUGGAGACAUGAUAGAGAUCAUAACGAAUGGAACAUACCGAAGCAUAGAGCAUCGCGGUGUUGUGAACUCAGAGAAAGAGAGGCUUUCUGUUGCAACAUUCCACAAUGUGGGAUAUGGUAAAGAAUUUGGUCCGCUGAGAAGUCUCGUGGAAAGGCAAAAGGCUGCGUUUUUCAGAAGCAUGACCACCGAUGAGUAUUUCGAAGGCUUGUUCUCCCGUGAGCUCGGUGGAAAAUCUUACCUCGAUGUUAUGAGAAUCUAA